AUGCCCGACAUGUAUGCCAUUCAACCCAGCUCAAAAGCUACACAAUCGGAGAAGGAUGAUUCGGCUUUGCAAUACACACCAAAUAUCAUUCCCUGUCGAAUCCACCACGACGGACCGGUUGAUUCACUCAACCGGUAUUGGACACCCGUGAAAGAAGAAAAGGGUACGAAACGCGUUUCUAGCUUGAGCAAACUGCGACUAAAAAAAAGCAUUGGUCCAGAUAAUACACAAACCGCGCAUUUCCGUGGACGCAAACUUCGAGGUCGGCGCGUUGCCAUUCCUGAUGGUUAUCGAGGCGUUAUUGCGACACCCACAGACCGCGUACUACCUGCGACGCAACGAGAAGACAAUGGGGGCGUUGAGCAUGAGGCUGAGCCCGAAGAGCCGGUCAAGAUCCUUGAAACGCAGGGCACCUUUGAUGACUUCAUAGUCUGGGGACAUGAGGCUCUCCCUGCGGCAGAUGAUACAUUUGUCAAGGGGGUGGAGGAGUGGCUGCAGUUUGCAGAUGCGAUGCAUACAACACCGGCGCUGGCGGCCAAUGAGAAGAAUGGGGCUGUUGCCUGA